GGUCCACCCACUCCCCCUCCAUCCAGUGCGACAGAGAUUGUAGACGCAACGCGAACCUCAAUACCUCCUCCGAGUGCGCCCCCCCCCGCGCCCGCCCCAGCUCCCCCAGCUCCUGUAUCGGAGAGGACACAGACGCCGUACGACCCGCUCUCUUCACAAAUAGCAGAGUUGACAACGAAGGGCGAAUAUCUGGAGGUGAUUCAGGUUGCAGAACGGGGAGACAUGAUCCCCGGGUAUGACCACACCAUGUCACGGCUUCUCAUUGUCGCACCUCUUGUCUUGGCCUAUCUGACCGUGAACGAUCUUGCCGCUGCCCGUCAUGCGCUCGCAAGGCUCCCUAAGAUUCUCAGAGAUGUCCCCAUCUCCUCGCGGCUUUCUGAUUUGCUCUCCGCUACUUGGAACCGCGAUUACUCCGCGGUGUACGCGCGUGCAGACGAUGUCCUCCGCCUGUGCCAGGAACCGGCGUCCGAACACCCCGAAUUUGCAUCAGUAAUCGAAAAGCUGGUGAAUGCAUUCCUCGAGGCAUUCCGGCAGAGGGUAUUUGCGCUACUAGGCAAGGCAUACACUUCGAUAUCUGCCUCGCUCGCGCAGACCUACCUCGGACAUUCUGUAGAUAUUUUGAAUAUUGCUGCCGCGAGCGGCUGGUCCUACGAUGCGGCCACUGAAGUUCUCACACCAUCUCCGCCGAGUGUG